AAUCCGUGUAGGAUUGUGUUCGAAGGCUCUCUAAACAACUUGAAGCUGUUUUGGCUGUCUCAAGUCUUCACUUCCCUCAUCUCUUUUCCUUCUUCCUUAACUUCGGCAUUGUCUCUCAAAAGUGCCAGACCUUGCUGCUUCUUCUCUGCGCUACACUCUAUAUCCUCCCUCAUGCAUCAGUAUUUAUAUAUCCUCUCUUGUUUUUGCUGUUCUGAGUAUAUGUGACUUCAUUACAACCCUUCCUUCACCGAGACUUGUGAGAUAGGAGGGAUGAAAUGAAGGCAGCUUGGCGGAACAGCCUCGUUUAUUCUUCUCAAGAACACCCCAAUGCUCUCGCAUCUUCUGAUCUCUCGUCUUCUUCGAUGGGAAUGGUGUAUGCAGACAUGGGCUCUCUUUCUCUUUCCUCUUCUUCUUCUGAAAUGGGAAAUAACAAUGUUGGGGGCACCAGCUGGGGUGAUUUUGCCUUUACGAGGGAUCACCUUCCCAACACUGGUACCACCGAUACUAAUAAUGAUGAUGCUUUGGAGGGUAAAGCUUCUGAUUCUAGUACUGAUCCUGAGAAUCUGAUGGAUCAUAACCAAGAAAACCCUAAUGAGAAUUCUGGUGUCAGUACGGGAAAAGAAGCAGAUUCCGGGCAGUCAAAGCUUUGUGCACGAGGCCAUUGGAGGCCUGCAGAAGAUGCCAAGCUGAAGGAGCUCGUGGCUCUCUAUGGCCCUCAGAACUGGAACCUCAUAGCAGAAAAAUUGGAAGGAAGAUCAGGCAAGAGCUGCAGGCUGAGGUGGUUCAACCAGCUGGAUCCAAGGAUAAACAGGAGAGCAUUUACUGAGGAAGAAGAAGAUAGGCUAAUGCAGGCACAUAGAAUAUAUGGGAACAAAUGGGCUAUGAUUGCCAGGCUAUUCCCGGGAAGAACUGAUAAUGCAGUGAAGAAUCACUGGCAUGUUAUAAUGGCCAGGAAAUACAGAGAACAAUCCAGUGCUUACCGGAGGAGAAGGUUAAGCCAAUCUGCAAGUUUCACAAGGUCAUCCUUGGAGGACCAAAAUUCGAGCUUAGUAGGCAUAUCAAGUAGAGGCAGCCCAGGGACAGAACCCCCACAACCUCCACCUUAUUGUGUCGUCCCCCAUAAUAACAUCAUGGCUAGUUUCCCAUAUGGUCAGUUCAGUGGAGCUAAUGGUGGGGUUGACUAUGGCUUCAAUGCUCCACCCUACAUGACUGCUGGAUUUGAAGCAUUCUCCAGCAGCAGCAAGCUGGCCCCUCAUCCUCACACGGCCUUUUAUGCUCAUCAUCGUUCAUCAUUUGAUGUCAUCCCGGGUGGUAGAGGCAUUGACAUGGUGGGAGGGGCUUUCGGGCAGAGCAUUUAUAGGGAAAGCAGGCCAAGUGAAUAUGAACUUCACUCUCUUAAUGGCUUCUUCUAUCCCCAAGAAGAUAAUUUCAACUCUUAUAUGAUGCCGACAAUGCAACAACCACCACAGUCAAGCUCAAACACAAAUCCCAGUUUUCACAGCUGCUCACCAAAUUCCAUGGCCGCCAAUGUUUCUUCCGUUGAAGCAUCGUCAUCAGAGAACAGAGAUAAAGUACUGGGUCGUCGUCCUCCUCCAUUCAUCGACUUUCUCGGGGUCGGAGCUAUAUGACAUGUUAUGAUCAAGUCAAGUUACAGAAAGAAGAAGCAACUAGCCAAACGAGGCUCGAGAAAAAAAGCUGCGAACUUAGCCAGAAGGUCCUCAAUAUAGAUGUGGCCCAACAUUUCCGAGAAGCCAUUAGAGGUAAGCAGAAAGGAUAGUUUAGCCGAGUUUGGUGACUGUGUAGCUUGCGUCACUUCUGGUUAAAGAUCCUCCAAUCUGUUGUGAUUUCCCUUCCCGCAUGGGGACCCCUCCUUUUCCACCCAAAAAAAAAAAACUAUUAUGAAUAUCAUUAUUAUUAUUAUUUAAAUUUUUGUACUUUAUCAACUUUUCUCUUUACAUUAUCUAUUCAUUAAUGAGUUUUGUCCGAGACAUUCAUUCUUACCCAGAGAACACACAUGGACUGGCUACGUGGUUUAUAAGAGGAAGGUAUAGAUUAAGAACAAGUUGGGAAGGAAAAGGGAUAGUGAGUGUCGUUUUUAUCAUUUUUGAGGGUUUUAAGCAAAGCUUGUCAUGUCAAGAAGAGAGAGGAGAUGAUGAUGAUGAUGAUGGAGUGGACGAUGAACUGAAACUGUUUUGGAAAACAGAAAGAAAGGGAUGUUAGAGAUGGGAACUGUGGAGAACAUCCUUUUCUGAUGGUCCUGCAAAAUGCAAUAAGUAAAGGCACAAAUUUAGCAAACAGUAACUUGAAAUGUGCAUUGGGCAACUGUUCAACCUCCUUCUCUCUUUCUCUCUCCAUGAGCAGAAUCUUUCAGAGAAUUCAUUCAUGCCACUCACAUGGCUGGUUGUGGUUUGUUUAUUAUAUGUUUUUAAACUGCGUUGUUACAGUCUGUGAGAGACCUCAUCUUUCUUUACUGAUGCGGGUUCCAUUUUUUAAUCGUUUCAAAAAGGGGGAAAAAAUAAUCUUUUGAUCAACGUAAGACUAGAGAUAAAACAAACAAAUGUACCUCGUACGGUCUGUGGUCUAUAGACAAUGAG